AUGCUUGAUGUUGCACGCCGAACCUAUCUUGACACGAUUGAGAAAAUUCACGAGGUUGUACACUCGUACAAAGAAAACGUUGGGAUUCCGAUUCGGCUCAAUUACACAAGAGGGUACCAUUUGGCCGUACCGCUCAACUGCAAUGAUUUGCCUGCCUUCUUCAUCGAGAGAGUGGCCACGAAAAGCGUGAUCUGCUGUUCCACCAAGACGCUAGUUUCUCUUAACGUGAGACUCAACGAAGCGCUUACGGCGGUAUAUAAGCUAUCGAACGACGUGAUUCAGCAGCUCUUGGAUAAAAUCCGACCUCGAGCUUCUACCAUGCAUGCGAUGGUUGAAAGCGUUGCAUUGUUGGACAUGCUUUUGAGUUUUGUUAAUGUCGUGGCUCUCUCGCCGCCAGAUCAACCAUACACAAGACCAACUGUCACCGAACACGGAAAUCUGGUUAUCAAGAAGGGACGGCAUCCGCUCGUCCAGCGAGUGCUGAAAGAUCGAACGUAUAUUCCGAGCGACACUUUCUUUGAUCCGCUCAGCACUUUUCACAUUGUGACAGGACCGAACUGUGCAGGCAAGUCGACAUACCUGCGGGCGCUGGCACUCAUCGUAAUUCUAGCGCAAAUGGGGUGUUACGUCCCCGCUUCCGAGGCCACAAUUCCUAUUCGAGAUCGUAUUUGCACAAGAUUCGGGACGUCGGAUGACAUGGAAGAAAAUGCUAGCUCGUUCGCUGUCGAGAUGACCGAGACGGCGUUCAUCCUGGAAACAUGCACGCCACGAUCGCUGGUACUCAUCGAUGAACUGGGUCGAGGGACUGCCAACGAUGAGGGUGCUGCAAUCGCGUGGAGUAUCGGCGAGGAGAUAAUUCAGAGAGGGUCAUAUUCAUGCUUCGCGACCCAUUACCACCAACUCAAUCGUCUUGCACGACUCUAUCCUCGCUGUCGAUGCUACCACAUGGGCACAGGACCGAACGUUAACUCCGCCCAUUUCCGCUACGUACUGAAGGAUGGGCCUUAUCCAUCGACUGGAAUGUAUGGAAUCAAGACGGCAGCGCUGAGCGGUUUGCCAGCAGAGGUUAUCCACGAAGCGGAACGCAUAUAUGAGAAGUUGCGAAGCGACCGUGAGGUUGCUGAGAACUCAAUUGACCAAGCCUCCACAAGCAGUGCCUCCAGCACGAUCAACAGAAAUCUUCUCCACCAUUUGUAUGUGCUCCGCUAUGCAGACCUGGACUACACAGGCCUCCGGCGUCAACUACAGCAUCUGAGAAACCGAUUUCUAGCUCCAGCAGCUGAAAGCUCGUGA